AUGAGUGCUACGAGGUUCAUAAAGUGUGUGACUGUGGGUGAUGGAGCUGUUGGCAAAACCUGCAUGUUGAUUUCUUACACCAGCAACACUUUUCCGACGGAUUACGUGCCCACUGUUUUUGACAACUUUAGUGCAAAUGUGGUUGUGGAUGGUAGCACCAUUAACCUCGGUUUAUGGGAUACUGCAGGUCAAGAGGAUUACAAUAGAUUAAGACCCUUAAGCUAUCGCGGAGCAGAUGUUUUCCUUCUUGCAUUUUCUCUCAUUAGCAAGGCCAGCUAUGAAAAUAUUGCAAAGAAGUGGAUUCCUGAGUUAAGGCAUUAUGCACCAGGCGUUCCAAUAAUUCUUGUGGGAACAAAGCUCGAUCUUAGAGAUGAUAAGCAAUACUUUGUAGAUCAUCCUGGAGCAGUGCCCAUUAGUACAUCACAAGGAGAAGAACUCAAGAAACUAAUCGGAGCUGCUGUGUACAUCGAGUGUAGUUCAAAAACACAGCAGAACGUGAAGGCCGUAUUUGAUGCAGCAAUUAAGGUAGUCCUCCAGCCACCGAAGCAAAAGAAGAAGAGGAAAAAGGGGCAAAAGGCCUGCUCCAUUUUGUAG